CACCUGCUCUACCCCAACCACCAUCACAUCGCCGCCUCUCAACAUGUCCGAGCUCCCAUUCUACAAGGGAAAGCCUGGCGUGAAAAUUACCUUCUCUGGCGCCAGCGCUACCUCCGUUCUCCGUCCUCUGACGUACGCUCGUAAAGGAAUCGACGCGAACUCUUUCAACACGCCACCCGCAAGCCUCUUCACUGCUCUCCCUUGUAUCCGCGGCAAGACCAUCCCAUAUGAUCGGUACACAAUAUUCUGUCAAGAGUGGUCGUCGAGCGGUGCCAUGGUCUUCUAUGCAGAGGCAUCACGCCAGGACAAGACCGCUCCCCGCCAACGCUUCGCGCUCAAGGUGGCGUUUAACAUCACGGCUGGUAGCGGCAGUCCAGGAGGCGCCUUCUUGGACUAUUUCCACCGCGAGGCUAUCUUCUACAACGAGCAUCUCGCGAAGCUGCAGGGUACCGCUGUACCGAAGCACUAUGGCGUGUGGGUAGGCUGGACUCCGUGGGAUACCACCGUCGCCUGCGCGAUCAUGGAAUGGGGCGGUCGACCAUUUGACUACACGAUCGUCGAUCCCAAGCUCGGUAAACCACAGAGGAGUGUCAAAAUUAUGGAAUCCGUCAAAGCCAUACACGACGCCGGCCUCCGGCACAACGACCUUAUAGACAUGCCCAUUCGCCAUAUCCUAUACGACAAACUUCGCGAGAAGGCUUUCGUCAUUGACUUCUCGACCGCCGAGGCCCAUAAGUGCCAUCAGAGGAUGCGGAUGAGGCCAUACACCUCUACUCCUCCGGAGGAUGUUUUCGGCUGCGACGAGCUCUGGUAUGUGGCGGGAAAUAUGAAGCUCUUCGGUGAUGGGCCACGUUCUGGCCCCGGUGCGGACCCUCUAGUUGUGCAAGCAAUGGAAUACGUGCGCGCGAAGCGUCAUGAGGCGCGUGUGAAGCGCGAAGUGGCUGAGCUGUUGGCCACCAGAAGAGUCAAAACAUCGACAGCAUCUGACACUCAGAAACACGCUUCUCAUCAAGCGCUCGUUGCUGCGCCGCCCAUAAUGACGCCCAAUCCCACAUAGCCUCUCGAGAACUUGAUAUAAUAUAGAACUACACUGGUGGCUCAUCUAGCUCGCAGCUGAUCAUAGAUCUCUGUGCAACAAUGUAGAUACGAGCAUAUUCCCUCGUCCAUAGAAAUCCAUGACGAAAGACGAUGAGAUAAAG